GUUGAGGCGCAAGAACUUCCGGCGUGCAUCUUUGCCUCGCUGGCUCCAUCCAUGCCGUGCUCGAUGCCGCGGUGUUUGUUACAUGUUUGAAAGUUCACUGUCGCAAUUUUGUAUCGAUUUCAUCCCUAUCCUCGAUGGAGUUUUGCCUCCUUUUUCUGUCCGUUUGAUUGCGUUACUGAACCAGAUCGUUCCUAACCGGUCGUCGCUGCAGCGACGGUGCGAAAAGCACGAGAAAUGGGGAGGAAAGGGAAGUGGUUUGACACCGUGCAGAGAAUUCUGAGCGCUUCUGAACCUGAUCCUGCGGAGACGGAUGCUAAGGUAACAUUUGUAACACGAGCCCGCAGAGAUCAUUUGCUCAAUUCCUACGAGAAGGCUGCGAAGCAGAGAGACAAACCGAGCUUCAAGAAGAUAUGGCAGUUCGGCAGAUCGAACUCUUCCGGUGCUUCCACCUCUGCGGCGCAGGCGCCGGAUCGGGAGGCCCACCAGCCUCAACCGCCACCAUCGCCACGGCCUGAUCAGCAGCAGGCCGAGGAGAUCACCGCAGAGGCGCAGCAUGCGGAGACAAGUUGCGACGAAGGCGACGUGCGUCCGACGGAGGUGGCUUCAAAGGCUGGCGCCGGCGCCGCGGAGGCGGCAGCGGCCGCCCGCCCCACGGUGACCACGCCGAGGGUGUGGACUGCGCGUUCGAAGGAGGACAUUGCCGCCACCAGGAUCCAGGCGGCUUGCAGGGGCUAUCUGGCAAGGAGAGCGCACCAGGACAGAGGGAUGGCUCGGUUGAUGUCGCUGGUCGAGGGGUUCACCGUCAAGCGCCAAACCGAGGAAGCAUUGUACUGCAUGCAGACGAUGACGAGGAUCCAGACCCAGAUAUACUCGAGGAGGCUCAAGACGGAGGAGGACAAGAAGGCACUGAAGGGUCAGAUCAAGGUUAAGCAGAGCAUGGACAAAACAAAGAUUGGUGAAGGCUGGGACCAUAGCCUUCAGUCCAAGGAGCAGAUGGAAGCUGUGAUGAUGAUGAAGCACGAAGCCGCUUCAAGGAGGCAAAGGGCGUUGUCAUACGCAUUUUCUAAUCAGUGGAGGAACAGGAAUCCUUCUUCAGCGAGAGCUGCGCCUGCUCCCAUGUUCAUGGACCCCGGGAACCCGAACUGGGGUUGGAGCUGGACGGAGCGCUGGAUGGCGGCUACGAGGCCGUGGGAGAACCAGACAGCGGUGCCGGACAAUGGCCGCGCCGCACCGAAAAGCGCCGGUCGAAUGCCUCGUGUGGCCGUCUCGAUUCAGAUACCCACGACGACAACGCCAAAGGGCAGGUCCCGCCCACCGAACUGGCCGUCGCUCCCGUCCCCGUCGACGCCCCCGCCGCGGUCGCCGUCCCUCUCGGCAAGGACGGCCGUGCCGGCGAGCCCGAGGAGCGGCACGCUCCACUCUUCAAGCGGCCUGCAGCCCGUUCGCCGCCCGCGGAGCAGCCAGGAGCUCUCGGUCAGCAGCCCGCGCCGCGCCGUGCCGGCUAGCCCCAGGGGCGGGGGCGGAAGCGGCACCCCGCUCCACGCUUCCAGCGGCCUGCAUCCCGAUCGCCGCCCGCGGAGCAGCCAGGAGCUCUCGGUGAGCAGCCCGCGCCGCGCCGUGCCGUCGAGCCCGAGGGGCGGCGGGAGCGGCAGCCCGCUCCACGCUUCCAGCGGCAUGCAGCUCGAGCGCCGCCCGCGGAGCAGCCAGGAGCGUGCGGUGAGCAGCCCGCGCCAGGGCGCCAAGGCCGCCCCGCUGCGGCGCACGACGAGCCUGCGGGCGGAGCUCCCGAGAAGGCUGAGCCUGGGAAGCGCCACCGCCGCCGUCGCCGCGGGAGACGACGAGGGCGCGCCGUUGACCCCCAGCUACAUGCAACCGACCAGGUCCGUGAAAGCCAAAGCCCGGUGCGCGAGCCCGUCGGCAUCGGCCGCUGCGGAAAUGUUCGACGCUACCGAGAGCGGGCCACCGCCUCUGCAGGUGACCUCGCCGUCUUCAGCGAAGAAGCGCCUGUCCCUUGCGUUUGUGGACAAGCCUAGCGCCUCGUCGCCGAGCAAGGCGGCCGCGGAGAGGGUGACGAGGCGGCACUCGCAGCCUCCCAGUCCCAGGAUGUCGCGGACCUGAAGCGAUAGACCAUAGAGAGGAGAAACGGAAGGAACACACAAAACAAGUGCGUCUUGUAGCCUUGUAGGUGGUCAUAUAUCCAUAAUAUUUUGUUUACGUCUAAUUUGGAGUCUCAGAUUUGGCGAUUUGUGUCCAUUUUUUUGCAUUUAGUAAUGUAGCCUUAGUGGUUGGUGAUCAGGACAGCCAUA